AUGUCCAACCUGACCCCCGCUCACUUUACUCCCCCCCAGCCUCUCGAGCAUGCCGAGGAACUUCAUCGGACUGCCCGAGCCAUGGGCGCACCCGGAAAGGGUCUGCUCGCCGCCGAUGAAAGCACCGGUUCCAUCAAGAAGCGUUUGGAGAAAGUAGGAAAGGAAAACACGGAGGACAACAGGAGGGAAUGGCGAGAUGUUCUGUUCACAGCGGACGGCCCGUUGGAGGAGUAUCUUUCUGGUGUCAUUACUUUCGAGGAAACCCUCAUGAAGCAUGACGCACAGUUGGAGUCGAAAUACAAGGGCAAGGCACUGGUUGAUGUGAUCAAAGAGAGGGGCAUUAUUCCUGGCAUCAAGGUUGACAAGGGUACGACGGUGCUGCCCCGGACCAGUCCGGAGGAGACGACCACAGAAGGUCUGGAUGGUCUCUUGGCUCGGAGCAAACAAUACUACGAGCGCGGGGCUCGCUUCAGCAAGUGGAGGUGCACCUACACUGUCUCAGCGACCACCCCGUCUCCGCUAGCCAUCGCCGACAACGCAGAGGUGCUCGCUCGUUAUGCGGCCAUCUCACAACAAGCCGGACUCGUUCCUAUUGUGGAACCGGAAGUGCUCAUGACUCACGACCAGCCCAUCGAGCGGUCCAUCGAAGCCCAUAUCGCGGCCUACAGUGCCAUCUUCGAGAGACUGUCACUGCACAAGGUCGACUUUGCGGGCCUAGUUCUUAAGGCUUCAAUGGUCGUUCCCGGCGACCAAUGGACCGCUAAGCAUGGCAAAGCGUCCCCAGAGGCCGUUGCGGAAGCCACUGUACAUGUGCUGAGCAAGACAGUGCCACCUCUGGUUCCCACCAUCGUGUUCUUGAGCGGCGGUUUGAGUGAUGCCGACUCAAUUGCAUACCUCAAUGCAAUCAACAAACGAAAACAGGAGAACCCCAGUGCGGCCCCGUGGGCGCUGACAUUCUCCUUCGGCCGAGCUUUGCAGGGCGCCGCAAUGCAAGAGUGGGCCAAGGGAGGAAAAGACAAUGUCAAGGAAAGCCAGAAGAAAUGGGUUGAAAGAGCCAAGUGGUGCAGCCAGGCAGCCAAGGGAGAGUACAAGGGCGGAUGUCCUGAGUGA